AUGAAUAAAUAUAUAAAGAGAAAUGAAGUAUUAAAAAAUUUGGGAAGAAUAAGAUUAAAAAGAGGACAUUACGUUGGGAAUGGUGUUUUUUUUUAUGAAAAAUAUGGAAAAUUGGGGAAGAUAUCAAGAUUAAUGAUAAGUCGAUAUUAUAGUAGAAUAUGGAAGGAAAAUGGAGUAGAAAGAUUAAUAAAUAGAAGAUUCAAAAGGAGUAUGAUGAUGUGGGGAAUAGGAAUAUUGGGAAUAUACUUUUUUCCGGUGGUUAUAAUGGGUAUUUUGACAUUAAUAACAGGACUUUUUUUUCCACUAAUUUUUCAAUCAAUUUUUCGUAUAAUGCAUAAAAAAGAGGGUAUUAAUAGGGUAUUUCCUUCUUCUAUAGUGGGGAAAUAUGAAACUAUGUUUUUGAAUUGGAUUAAACCGUUUAUUUCUCAAAUUAUACCAGAUACCGAAUCACUUGCACAAAAACUAUAUAUAGAAUCUAUAAAACGAAUAGAAAAGGCAAUUGAAGGGAAUGAAAAGGAAAUAAUGUAUGUUCUUGGGACGGAGAAUGUAUCAUUUGAGGAAUAUGAAUCAUUUUCUAUGAUGGGAUUAAAUAAAAUGAGAAAAUUUAGUAUAACUUUUAAAGUGCAAGAUUCAUAUAGAAGAAAUGAGAUUGCAUCCGUUUCAGCAUACGGAGUAAUGAAUGAAUAUAAUGAAAGUGUUAUUUUGGAAAAGAUCCUAAUCACUAGCAAUGAUAAUGAAAAAAUAAUUCUUUAUGGAGAUGUAAGUUCUAAAAAAGGUCAAGGAAAAACCAUAGAUGCAGAACAUUGGACGACAAGAUCGUUAAAUUAA